AUGAAGGAACUAGGUGUCAAGUUGAAUUUGAGCACUGCUUUUCACCCUCAGAAUGAUGGACAAUUUGAGAGGACUAUUCAAAUCUUGGAGGACAUAUUGAGAUCAUGUAUGUCACCUUAUGAGGCAUUAUAUGGGAAACAAUGUCGGACACCAUUAUGUUGGAAUGAGACGGGUGAAAGAAAACUUAUCGGUCUUGAGAUUAUACAAGCAAUAGUGAACAAGGUCAAUAUUAUACAUGCCAAGUUAAAAGCAGCACAAGAUAAGCAAAAGAGCUACACAAACGUGCAUAGGAAGGAUCUAGAGUUCGAGAUUGAUGACCAGGUGUUCCUGAAACUCUCUCCUUGGAAGGGCAUAGUACACUUUGGAAAGCGAAGGAAGCCAAGUUCUCACUACAUUGGACCGUAUGAGAUAGUAGAGAUGAUAGAUCUAGUGGCUUACAGGUUAGGCUUGCUAGAGGAGCUUUCUCGAGUCCAUGAUGUAUUCCACAUCUUCAUGCUCUGCAAGUAUAUCUCAGACCCAUCGCAUGUGUUGGAGACACCAGAGUUUGAGUUUAGGGAUAACCUAUCCUAUGAGAAGCAGCUAAUGCAAAUUCUAAGUUGGGAAGAGAAAAAAGCUCCGUAA